AUGGUCGUGACCUUCCUGCACCCGCACCCUCCGUGGAAAUAUGCUCCAUUUUGGCCACCUCCCUACCGCAAUCACAACCCCACAGCAUCAGCCGUCCCAGCACCCAUCGCAGCAACAGCGGAUAGCUUCGAGGAAAAAAAAACUUCGGCGGAAAAGAACAGAAAUCAACACAGAUUGAACCUCCUUCGCCAGUUAUACAAAGCGAAGUUGAUGAGUGGUUAUAUGUAUUUUUACUACGUAAGUAAACAGUGCAAAAAAUCAACGUCUUCAGCAGCUGAACAAUUCCCUGAAGCGGUUUCCCAAUUCAGCGGAGAAGAAGAAGAAGAAGAAGAAUAA